AAUAAAAUGAUUCCACGUGUACAUCUAGCUUUAAUAAUUGCAGAGGCGGAGGCAAGAAUACUCAUGUUGUUCGAGAUUUGUUCCAUCGAUCACAAUGGUAACUACAGCGAUGAACAAAAUCAUGUGCGCCUCCCCGGGCAUACCAACACCAUCGCAGUCGCUAUCCAAGCCUCAAUCACUACCGUCCACGGCCGCCCUCCCUCUCCGUACAAUCCCAGGAUCCUACGGAUGGCCGUUGCUCGGGCCCAUUUCAGACCGGCUGGACUACUUCUGGUUCCAAGGUCCAGAAACGUUUUUUAGGAAGAGGAUGGAGAAGCACAAGAGCAGCGUGUUCCGUACGAAUGUUCCGCCGACGUUUCCUUUUUUCACGGGAGUGAACCCCAACGUCAUCGCCGUCCUCGACUGCAAGUCUUUUGCUCAUCUCUUUGAUAUGGAGAUCGUCGAGAAGAAAGAUGUUCUUGUUGGGGAUUUUAUGCCUAGCAUCAAGUUCACUGGGGGAGUUAGGGUUUGCGCUUAUCUUGAUACUUCGGAGCCCCAGCAUGGCCAGAUCAAGAACUUAGCGUUGGACGUCUUAAAACGCAGCUCCAAGGUUUGGGUCUCCGAGCUUCUCUCGAACCUGUCCAACUUCUUCGACACCAUCGAUACCAAGGUAUCGGACACCGGCUCCGCCUCCUACAUCGUCUCUCUACAACAAUGCGUCUUCAACUUCCUCACCAAAUCCCUCAUUGGAGCUGACCCUGCUCUCGAGCCCGACAUUGCCCAGUCCGGUUACGCCAUGCUCGACCGCUGGCUCGCACUCCAGCUACUCCCCACUGUGAAAAUCGGCGUACUCCAGCCCCUCGAGGAGAUAUUCCUCCACUCUUUUCCUUACCCUUUUGCACUCGUAAGCGGAGACUACAACAAACUCUACAAAUUCAUUGAACAGAAUGGACGAGAGGUUUUAGAGCGAGGGGAAAAGGAGUUUGGGCUCACCGCGUCAGAUACUAUCCAUAACUUGCUCUUUGUCCUGGGGUUCAAUGCCUUCGGUGGUUUCUCAGUGUUUUUACCUACGUUGAUUGGAGUCAUCGCUGCCGACAAAACGGGGUUGCAGUCCAGGUUGAGGAAGGAAGUGAAAGAGAAAUGUGGACCAGGAUUGGAUUUUGAGUCCGUUAAAAACUUGGAGUUGGUGAAGUCAGUGGUGUACGAAACACUGCGGGUGAACCCACCAGUUCCGCUCCAGUACGCUCGAGCCAGGAAGGAUUUCCGACUGAGUUCGCACGACUCGGCUUAUGAGAUCAAGAAAGGGGAGUUACUUUGUGGGUAUCAAACCCUUGCCAUGAGAGACGGUCAAGUUUUUGAUGAACCUGAGAGUUUUAAACCGGAUCGGUUCACGGGUGAGGAAGGGAGGAAGUUGCUGGAUUACUUGUACUGGUCUAACGGGCCCCAGACCGAGACACCGACUGAGUCAAAUAAACAAUGUGCGGGUAAGGAUUAUGUAACUCUGACAGGUUGUUUGGUUGUUGCUUCUAUGUUUCAAAGAUACGAGUGCAUCACGGGGGAUUCAUCUUCCAUCACAGCAGUUGUUAAGGCAAAAUGAUUGAUGGCUGUGAAUGGAGAUCCUUUUUCUUUUCGAUGUUUGUUUGAUGGAUAUUGAUGUUUGUUUACUUCGCUAUUUGAAUGAAAAAUAAAAUUAUUAUAUUCAU